AUCGUCACGUCAGGUGACGUAUAUGUACAUGUAGUGCAGAUAUUUAUUCUUACAUCAGAUGUUACAUCUACUGUACUGCGAGCUAUUUGCAUUGGAGAAUGGGACAGUUGAAUGACAUGAAUACUUACUGACACAUUGAAGCGGUACAAGGGUCGUGGCUUCGCAUUUCUGUCAGGCCUGGUAAAUGUAUGUAUGAAUCUGAUACACCGUUGUGGACAGACAUAUCUGUUUAUUGAAGGGGCCUUGUGUCUCGUGACGACAACAGUGUGAAUACAGUUGAUUCUUCUACCAAGAUGUCGGACGCUCGCGUACAUAUAGUCACAUGCUUGAAUGUUGACUGUGAAAUACAGUAUGCUCGAAUGUGUGAAGAUCUGGAGACCCGGGGGGUCGUGUGUGUCAUGGAAGGAAGGGGGGACUAUGGCAUCGGGUCUACUUUUGUGGAGAGGUUCAAGGAAAUGGUGGACAGCACCCGUGUGACCAUAAUACACCUGUGUCCUGACAUGAUCAGCCGCCUAUCGAGUUUAACUGACGUUCUCCGAAAUCACCAAACUCAGAAAUAUUUAUUCAUACACGUCAAAUGUACGCCGAAAGAAGUUCCGGAGGUUUACAAAGAAGUUACAAAGAUGCUCCUCGUGAAUGAUUCAUACUAUAACAAGGUCAUUGACAAGGUUAUGGAGAUUGCCCAACAGCCUCCUGGAAGUGUGUCGUCUGCUACUGAACUGGCCCACACGUCUGCUUCAGAUUUGUCGUCUGCUACAAGGAAGGCUGAUGGUUUUGAUUCUGACUCUGGUACUUAUUCCAACCCCCCGAUCGGAGAGCCUGACGUCUUUGUCAGUCAUGUAGAAAAUCAGCAGUGUAGAGACACCGGGGUUUACUUUCUGUCCAGCAAGAUACAGUACAAGCCUCACCAUCUCUUGAAAUGGUCAUCCAAAGGUGAACUUCGAGAGAUGUGCCGCAAGACUAGACUUUAUGACAGUAGCAACAGAUCAAACACAGUUCGCUGUCUUCUGACCAAAGUCCUUCCAGAAAUCUUUGCAAAGAAGGACAUUUCUGCAGUAGUGCAACUUCUGGCAGUUCCAGUUCCUGUGAUACAGAAUAAAGUUUUAACUAAACUCGGGGACAUCCUACUUUCAACUAAACACGACACUAUUGAUCGGGAUGAUCUGAAGUCAGCUGAAAAGGCUUUGUUUGAACGCUGUCUGACAGAGACUGAUGUUAUAGAUCCCGUGUUCCUGCAUAAUUUGAUUUGCACGUACCUUCUGACUCUCACCUAUUUGGCGGUGUCCCAAGAAUCUCGUCAUUCAUCCUUGGAUUCCACGAUCAAACGGGUAAAACAAUACAUUUCACAGCCAAGGUCAGGAAACGAGGUUCCUCUGAGUGACAUCAGUGUGUUUGUUGAUGGCAUACAAAAACGUAUUGAUGACGUCACCAAAGCAGUUACAGCAUGUGGAACGAAUUGGAAGCAACUUUGGUCCGUUAAGAAGAAAUCCUGGCCUGUUCAUUUCUCUAUGGUCUUGGGGACACUUAUAGAGGUGUUUCAUGGCGACCCCCAGACUGCCCUCGUGGCCUUAGACACACUUCCAGCACUACUGAAGCAAGAGAACCCCACCAGAGUUCGAAACGUGUUAAAGAAACCAAAACCACAAAAGAGAGUUGUACAGUUGGUCACUACUGGGAUGGUGGCUUACCUGAAUGCCUUAGGAGAUGCAGUAGGUGAGGAUAUAGAAGAUCGUGCAAAGGCUGCUUUCACAGCUCUUGGAUUGUCACUAAAGGACUUGGACAGAAGCAUAUAUGUCAUGACAAGAUGUUUAUUGUUUUCGCAAAGCCCUGUGAUCAGACAGGGUGCCGUUUCCCUGUGGAAAGAUGCCAACGCUGAAUCAACACACAGUUUGACAGAGGUUCUGACACAUCUACAUCCGAUCAGCAUCAACCGCCUGCACAAGCAGCCAACCAACCAUUCUACAAGCAGCACAAGCUGGAAAGUAGCUUCUACUCAAAUUGGAUCAGAAAAAAUCAUGAUACACGUCAAUUUACCAACAGAGCACGUCCUUGUGGAACAUAGCAGAUGUCCAUCCAAAUCGUCGGAUUGUGGUCACCUCACUACGGUCGAGAUUCUGAGAGCUCUUUCUACACAUAAGGGAAUCCUGUCUAUGUGGGCGUACAGAAUCGACCAGUUCCCUGUUUUCUACAUCACUGAGGAUUACAGCCAACAGAACUUCCAGAAGGUGCUGUAUUACAGUGCCAAGAACAAGGACUGGUUUAAACCUCUUCAGCUCAUGCAGUUCCUAAUACAAGCUCUGGAGGCAGUUAUCGCCCUUCAUGAACAUGGCACAAUACACAGAGAUUUUACUGCUGCCAGUUUUGCAUAUAACAAACAGAGCAAAUCUGUCAAGCUGUGUCGCUUCAUGUUGGCACGAAAAUGUGGAAGAGGCGAAACUCUUGUUGACAGAGAAUGUUCAACCAUUCCCACGAGAUGGUCUUCCCCAGAGUCCCUCAAGAAACAUCAUUUCUCUAUGCGGUCUGAUUAUUGGAUGGUUGGGCAUCUCAUCUAUGAAGUCAUCACACACGGUUGCCUCCCUUACUCAGAUCUCAAAGGACAAAAUGAAUCCGCCAUUGUAAAUCUGAUAAAGGAAGACAGAAAGAAGUUGUGCCAAGAAAGGUGCAUCCCUACAUCCGUGUUUGACGCCAUCCAAUGCUGCACUCGCUAUGAUGAUACCCAUCGUCUGUCCGUGUGUGAGGCAAAGAGCAGGUUGGAGGAGACCUUCGAUCGUUACAUCAGCUGCAACGAGCUACCGCAAAGAAAAUCUUCCAUAACACCAGACAUUUUGUUUCCUGGACUUGACAGAACAUCCUAUCAAAGUCUCCCUAAAGAAGGUUCAGAAACGGAAUAUGGCCAGAGGGAUUACUUUGAGUAUCAAAAUCUCUAUGAAAGGGAAACUAUUUCAACAAAUGACGAGCCGUUGUACGAGGAAUUCGGAGUAUACAAGGGUGUAUAUUUUCCGCUUUCGUCAGAUAUUAAGAUGGACAUACUGUGUCGUCGCCUGACGCAGACAGAAGAAUCACAAUUGAACACAGAGAGCAUCCCAGGAAUUCACGGCCAUGUGGCUGUUGAGAAAAGGAAUGAAACAGAAUACCUGGUGUACAAGUUCCCAACUGGAAACUGUUUCUCCCUGAGGAACGCGCCGGAUGCUAGGAGGUGCGACUUAUGGUCGUUGGAUCACAUUUGCUGUUUGAGUGCAGUGGCAAAUACGUUGUCUCUUCUACAUCAGCAAAACUGGGUCCAUGGUUGUCUAUGUGCAGAUAAUAUAUGGAUUGCUGAUACUGAAGAUAACGGCAAUUGCACGGUAUACUUCUCAGACCUUGGAUAUAUCCGGAAGUCAUGUGACACUGAGGAUGGAAUGAUUGCCGAUGACAGUUUUGUUGUGCCACGGGAUGAACAUGUGUACAGAAGAUCGCCGCCUGAGGUAAUACGAGACGGCACCUACUCAUGGGCGAGUGACGUCUUCAGUUUUGGCCUGGUAUUGUGGAAUGCGUUCUCCAACUUGAGCACAUACCGCAAUCAAAACAAAAUGGAGACUAUACCAAAGGAUCAGUUAUAUGAGUACCUGACCACAACAUCUGGACAUCAGAUUCUUCCCAAACCGGAAAAGUGCCCGGAUACAAUCUAUUCUCUCAUGCUGCUCUGCUGGAGCCCAGAACGACAUGAAAGACCACGGAUGACAGUUGUUCAACAGAAACUACUGGAACAUACAAGAGAUGAAGUCCAUCCCUGCAGAAAUCCGGAUGAGUAUGAAACUGUAGAAGAUGACUGUAUUGCAGAUCCAGCUGGUCCUACAGUCUCCAUAGAUUCCGGUGACUAUGAUAGUUGCGCUGAAUCUUCCUUACAAUGUGAUGGACCUCGCUCGUCCUUCACAUUAUCGUCACUGGUUGACAACGAAAUAGGUUUAAGUCAGGCACAAUUAAAAGGACAACGAACAUUCAAAGUUUCACCGAGUCCCAAUAAGCCAAACCUUAAAGCAAAACCUUUGCCAAAGACUAAGAAUGAAGGAAAAGGCAUGCAAUUACAGAAGUUCCUAGCGGAAUCUGUGGAAGUAGCAUCGUCAAAACAAUCAUUUGGGAUUUCCUUUCAAAGUUCAGGAUCAAGCACAUUCUCCUCACAGAACAAGCCAGCCCAUAUGCACUGUGUUCCAAAAGACUUGAAUUCCACUGGUAGACUCGAUGCCCAGUAUGACAUGUUUAAUGAGUCAGUGAACAUUGUUGAAAAGACGAAAAGGAAUGAGAAACCAUGGAUCCGUCCAAAGCCAAAACAUCUGUCUCGCCAUACACUAGAUGCACCCUCAAGUGAUUAUCAACUAUCUGAUGAUGCAUCUUCAAGUGAUUAUCAACUAUGUGAUGAUGCAUCUUCAAGUGAUGAUCAACUAUAUGAUGACUGUAGGCAUCCUGUAGAUAAAAGCCUCGAAUUAUCUCCAAGAAAUAGACCCGAAUCACAGCAACCGACAAACCAAACUGGGCUGAAGCAAAGCACUGUGCCACAACGGGUCAAUGGACCGCCUUUGCUCGACAAUCCACCACCUCUACCACAGCGUCCUCCCCCACGACGGAACAACGAAAAGUAACAGAUGACACAACAGUUCAGGACGACCCUCUGUCGAUGACAAUGAUUCAAAUCUGAUUGUUGGUCCAUGAACUUCAUCCUACUGUAAUCUCAGACGCUCUCCAGUGAGAUUCCGACUUGUAUCUGUUCAAGUAUACAUGGACCAAACGCAAUUCUAUUUCCGGUUUGCAUUGAUGAAUGAAUGGAUGG